ACCCAAAAGAAUUCUCAAAACAUUUUUCAAGGUCCCAACAAUUUAAAAAUAAUUAACGACCGCUAAACAUGGUUCUUCCAUAAGAGCAAUCCUCUUUCAAGGUUUCUGCUGUUUGUGUUUACAGCUAUCUUUAUAACAUAUUUUAAGUGGCCUUUAGGGUAAUGUGAAUCUUGGAGGGGUUUUAUCUUGAGUUUAAGAUGCUGUUUUUUUUUUAAUAAACCCGGGAAAUGUUUGAUGAAAUUACCAAGAGAGGUUUUAACCAAAUAUCUCUACUUUCCUGGUGUGUUAACUGACACAUCAUAGCAUGGAGGGGCGAAUCAAAUGUUAGAUCCUAGAGUGUAAAAAAAGACUAUUGAGGGACAAUUGGACCCGUAUGUAUUCCGUUGUGGCUGAUGAUCUAUUAGAUGUGUCUAGUAGAUUAAGGAGUAUUGUUGCUGCUGAGGUCCCUAAGCUUGCCUCAGCUGCUGAGUAUUUCUUCAAUAUUGGGACAGAAGGAAAGAAAUUUCGUCCCACGAUUAUGCUGUUGAUGGCAUCUGCUUUAAAUAUGUCAACCUUAGCUCUUGAUGGCGUGGUUGACUCGUCAUAUAACGAACUGCACUCUAGACAACUGUCUAUUGCCGUGAUCACAGAGAUGAUCCAUGUAACCAGUCUUCUUCAUAAUGAUGUUUUGGAUGAUGCCGAGACAAGGCAUGGUAUUGGUUCAUUAAAAUGUUUCAUGGGGAAUAAGAUGGCUGUAUUAGCAGGAGACGUUCUGCUUUCAAGAGCACUUGUUGCUCUAUCUUCUUUAGGCAAUAAUGAGGUUGUAGAUUUGAUUUGGAGGUCUGUUCAGCAUCUGGUUACUGGUGAAACCAUGCAAAUGACUGCUGCAUUCGAGCAAAGAUGUAGUAUGGAAUAUUAUAUGAAAAUGACGUACAACAAAACAGCAGCAUUGAUAUCUAACAGCUGCCAAGCAGUUUCUAUUAUCACAGGACAAACAGCAGCGGUUUCAAUGUUAGCAUAUGACUAUGGCUGGAAUAUGGAAAAUAGGUGUCCUAUCCAGGGGCUGAGCCAGAAAUCUGACUAUGGGGAAGCAAUGUCUUGCUAGGAGGUGCAAGUGUCCAAAAUUAUCGGUUUGGCCAAAAAUCUAUUCCAUUUUUACAUGUAUGCAAAAGUCAAGUAAUUAAAUCGCACAUCCACUUUAAUAAAAGCAGUAUGUGUAUCUUAACUUUAUGUCUCGCUCAAACUCUUUAGGCCGCUGAAAUCCUUGGCAAGAGUAAUGGAUUACAGAGGGCUAUUGAAUUGGCAUCUGAGCAUGCAAAUAUAGCUGCUGCAGCCAUCAUAUCUCUGCCCGAGACGGAUCAUGCGGACGUCAGAAGAUCAAGGCAAGCUCUUGUUGAUCUAACUCGUUUAGUUAUUACAAGAAAAUAGUAAUGUGGACAACAUCCUGCUCUAUCAAAUUGCAAGGUACAGAUUCCUGUUCUCAACUUCUGGUAGGAAAGCGCAGCUAUCUCAGUCGGACCAAAUUUUUCCGGUUAAAAUGAAAGCUGAAUUCUAUCUCAUAUAAAAUGGUUGUUAUCAUAAACAUCUGAGUGGCGUUGGGAUAGCUGAACCUUUGGCCACAUUGGAGAACCCAAAAGACAUUAUGAAUGAUUUUCCAGUUGUAAUUUUCUCUUAAGAUUGAUAAAGUCCUGGCAGCAGAAUUUGAGCUGGCAAGACACUGGAAUACAAAAGACGGGGUUGAAAUUAUGGUUCUUGAGCUGCACUGGUGAUAGACGUUGGGUUGUCAUGAUCUCUAUUUUUGUUGUCUUGUCUACAGAUAUACAAACUUUGUCUUUUAAGUACAGUUUUAAAUGUCUCUGAUUUGAAAUUAUUCCCGGAAGCCAUUUAAUUUUUGCAUAAUGGAAAAUAAAUAAUGGUGG